AGUAAGUAAUAAUUGUUAUGAAGUAACAAUAUGUAAAUCGUACUCUUUCUACUCUUCGUAGUAAAAUUUUUGUUUAGAAUUAUAAUUGGUAAAUAGUUUGUAAUCAAUCGUGUAACAUUCUUCAUCCGUCCUACUGGAUAAAUUAACUAUUUCCAGUUAAGUCAACAACUAUGGUUUUCAUAAUCCAUUUUAAAUUCGGACUGUAAUAUUGUUCACAACACUCGGAAGUUUGAGUUGAACAUCACCAUGGCUGCUACUAGGGAACGUCGUACAAAUGCUGGUAACAAAUUGGCACGUUUAUUAGACGAAGAAGAAGAAGAUGACUUUUAUAAAACUACAUAUGGUGGUUUUAAUGAAGAAGAUGAAGAUAACGAUUUUCAUUUUGUUGAUGAAGAAGCACCUGAUGAAGUUGAUUCAGAUUUUAGCAUUGACGAAAACGAUGAAGUCAUAUCUGAUGUUGAAGAUGAAGAUAAACCUCAGAAAAAAUUUAAUAGGUAUCAAGAACCCAAAACACCAAAACCAAUUGAACCAAAAGAAGCCCCUAAAAGAAAACGUUCAAGAACAGAAAAAGUUGUUGCUGAGACAUCAUAUGAACGAAAAUCAAUCCGCCAAUCAACAGCAGUCAAAUCUCAGGAAACAAUAGAACGUAUCAAAGAACGUGAUAGUAAUAUUAAACGAAUUAAGCCAAAACCUCCAGAAGAAAUGCCUUCUCAGCAAGAACUACUAGAAGAAGCGAAACUAACAGAAGAAGAGAAUUUAAAGUCAUUAGAAAAAUUUGAAAAAUUAGAGUUAGCUCGGAAACAAACUAGAGCAAAACCCCGUGUGUCAUUUCUGACGUCAGUUAAAUUUUGUAGUACAUCAUGUCCACUUUUUAAUGAUUAUGAUUGUGUAAACGUUGAGAUAGAUGAUCAAGAUGAAAAACGUAAGAGAGGUCAGUAUUUUGAGCGAACUACUAUCACUGUGAAUGAACCUCAUGAGUUUGAACGAAUGUUCCCCAAGAAAGUAGCAAAACAGCCCAGGUUACCCAGACGUUGUGUAUUUACUGAAGAAUUUGCUCGGUACAGGGAUCCAUUGACAGGUCACCCAUAUAAAAAUCAAAAAAUUUUUUCAAUAUUGAGAUCUGUGUACUCUAUGCAUUUAGAUGAAGCCUUUAGUAAAAAAUAAAAU